UCUACCAUUUAAAGAAUAUCCAUUUCAUUUAAAUCAGGGGUGUGUGGUAAAGGCAUGGCCUUGGUCAAUCCAUGGCCUUGCUGCUCCUGUGCGACAAGGAUCCUCCUAGCUAGAAAUCCAGGUAGUGUGCAUACAUAUCCUUUCCAAUUCUAUGCAGGUGAAAAGACCAUUCUUCUGCCCAAGCACAAGAAAUUCAUUCUUAGAACAUCUCCAACGAAUCAACCACAAAUUAUCAGCAGCAACAGCAGCAGCAGUUCCUCGGAAGAUGCUCCUCCACCCGGAUGCAGCAGAGUCAAAGUGGAGCUAAGAAAACCUUUGGGCAUGAUCCUUGAGGAGGACGCUGCGGGCAACAUUUUCGUGGCCGAAGUUUCACCAGGAGGCAACGCAGAGAAGAGUGGCCUGGUAGAAGUCGGCGACCAGCUGAUUGCAACGAGCGCGGUUGUCUACGCGGAUCAAGAGGUCUACCAAGGCGUCACCGUUCGCAAAGGAAUGCAAGUCGUCCGCUUGAACGUCCGAGGUGAAAAGUUUGAAACGGUGCGUCAAAGUCUUCUUUAUUUGGAAUUUUCUCCAAAUAAGUUCUGCUCGACAGGUGAUCGCUGCCAUUGGCACCCAUCCCGGCUACAUGACGGUUGCGCUGGAGCUCCAAAAAUGCAAGCCGAGGAAUGACAAUGGCGGGUUGAGAUCCGGUUGAUCGGAUCAACUGCCAACUUAACUUAGCUCCCGCUGCUGUCUACUAAAUCAAAAAUACCACGCAGCACGAACCGCGGCAGGAAAGACCAUUGCCUCGUGUCUUGCAACGAUGUCACCCCGCUGAGAACGAGCACAGAAUCAAUCCCAGCCUAGAAAAACGGAAAACGUUUAGAAUCUGUGUUUCGCUGAAUAAAGUCGAUCUUACCUCAA